CCCUCUCCUCUGGCCGCCAAAGGGGAGGACGGCCACUCGGACGGCCACUACUUGGACAGCUGGCUGACGGCGCCCUCGCUCAGCCAGUCGCAGCUCGGCUUCGGCCCGGCCGUCUUUGUCUCGGUCUCAACUCACCUGCUGGCCAAUCCGAACCUGAUAUCCCCCAGCCUGUUCAGGGCAGACAUCCUCCAUGACAGUGCUGGAGUGCUGGCCACUGCCACUACAGAACACGAGCAUCAUGGCCCAGCAUCAGAAAAAGAAGCUGAGAGUGUAUGCCAUGCAAAGGACACUCGUCUGCCUCUUCAUUUCCCUGGAUUCGACCUGGACCGGGUCGUCGUCAGGAGGCUGAUACCCAGAAACCCAAACCUCGAUCCUCCCCAUGACCAGACAUGCCGUCUAUACAAAAACACAAAAGAAGCAGAUAUAACAUCUCAUCUGGCCGUAUACUACCCCCACGCGGCCCAGGAGAAAGAUAUACCCUUCUACCAUCCACUCGUCCGCGGAUUUGCCCUCCUGUACUCCCACUCCACCUCCACCGGCCAAGGCACACUCUCCCUACACUUCCUCCCCUUCACACCAGGCAUACCGUCCACCGUCUCCAACCGUCUGCACCGCACCCUCCUCAACCUCCUGUCCAUUCACGUCCGUCUUGCCUCUGGCCCGGCCGCAACCUCGCAUCCAAGUGGCUCGCAACCACGGCCGUUCAAGGAUAACCUCAUCCCCCAACACACCGUGCAGAACACAUAUACCAGGCUAAAGUCAAAGUAUGCCCCCAGCCUGGUCAGGAACUGGGUGGAAGUCACCGAGCCCUCGAAACAUGUAUUCGAGGACCUCUCCAUCGCCGCAUUCCUCAUCGAGCUAUGGAAUGUCAUGUAUCACAUCCCUUCUUGCUCCUCUGACUACUCUGACCAAGAAGAAGUAGACAAACAGCCGGACGUGAUGAAGCGAGAUGCUCCUGUCAUGAGAACCAACUUUCCUGGAUUCGUUGACAUUGCAUGCGGUAAUGGAGUGCUGGUCUACAUCCUUCUGGCUGAAGGGUACCGGGGCUUCGGGUUCGAUGCACGCUCACGCAAGACCUGGUCUAUCUUCCCUCCCUGGGUGCAGCAGCAGUUAAAGGAAAGCAUAUGUGUGCCCCAGCCCUAUCAAGAUGUACUAGCCCCAGCCCAUUCAGACGACUCAACAACAACAACAACAACUAUAUCCGGCCUCUUCAAGAGUGGCACAUUCAUCAUCUCUAACCACGCAGAUGAACUCACCCUUUGGACUCCGCUGCUUGGAGUCCUGUCAGACCCCUACCAACCACUGCCCUUUCUAGCCAUACCAUGCUGUUCCCACGCCCUAUCAGGCGCCAGAUACCGCUAUCCGCCUCCCAAACAUCCAAAAACAAACACAGCACACGGCGAAGAAAAAGAAGAAGAAGAGGCGGAGAGUGACCGAUACGAACAUCAGCCGCAGAGUGGUGAUUUGAAAGCCCUACGAAAGAAAAAGCUUGAAGCCCAGCAGAACCCAGCCUCGGCCUCGUCUACCUAUGGCUCGCUAACGGCAAAACUGGUCUGCAUCGCCGAAGACGUAGGCUAUCAGGUAGAGAAAACGUUAAUGCGUAUACCUAGCACGCGAAACAUGGGCGUGAUAGGAGGCCUCGAGGCAUGCAAGACGGCUUUUAAUCUCCGGUCUGAAACGGAGGAUGCCACCACAACUCAAAUCACUCGGCUGGCGGAUCAAGGAUUGAAACUUGACGCUGACAAGCGUAGAGAGAAAGUCUACAGUGUCGUAGAGCGGGAGACGAGUAGGGAUGGUGGAAUCAGUGUUGCUGCUACGGCCUGGGUUGAGCGAUCAACCAGCCUGCUCAAGGGCCAGGGACGAGGCAGACUUCACGGCUCCAGAAGCGACCAUCAUGAUUAA